CCCCUCUUCAUAAUCAAGUGGAGCAAGUCGACACGACGGCUUCGCUGAAUUUUGACGAGUUCUUUGAGGAGCAGACCGCCAUGACCAGAUCUCCCUUUGACGAGCGCAUCGAUAUCGACACCAUUCUUACGUCUGUUGGGGUUGGGACACCUUCUUCAGCCUUCCCAACACCUGCACUAGGCUUCUCUCCUGGGUCGGCCAUGGAUACCAGCCCCGCUCUACACGACGUUGAUUGUGAUGACCUUCCAUUUGCCAUGCCACUCUUUGGCGCCGAGUUUCCGCAGCAAAGCUGUGCCGAUAUUAAGGACACGUCAGCAGCGUCGGCGCUCGGCCUCAACAUCUUUGAAGGCCUCGUCACUAUAGCAAACACGCCCCAACUAGGUGUCAUCCCCAUACCACCUUCACCGCUCUCUGCCCCCUCGACACUGUCUCUACCGUCUUCCAUUGCCAUAACCUCAUCUGCGCCUGUUGCUCCCCCUUUACCCUCUGCCCCCUCCACUCCAAUGGUCCUCUCUUCUAAUCCCCACCCGCCAAAGCGGAGAGUCACUGGUCACCGUCGGAACAUAACGCCCGCCAACCUCGUUCCCGUGGAUGCACCAACUCAAUUACGUUCAUAUGUCACACCUUCUGCAACUUCCCGCAAAGCUAUCCCCGCCGCUUUUCAGGUGCAUUCAAAGAAGCGCCCGUCUUCUGUAGCAUUUGGCGAUGAAGAUGACCUAGAUCCCGCGCUAGAGGAUGCCAUUGAGACCAAGAGGAGGCAAAAUACCGUGGCGGCGAGAAGAAGCCGGGCGAGAAAACUGGAGCAUGUGCGCAAUCUGGAGAACACAGUUGAGAGACUGAAGAAUGACCUCUCGGAGGCCCUGCAGAGAGCUGAGCAUGCCGAGGAGCGAGUAAGACAGUUGGGUGGGAGUAUUUAGGUUACCUAGCGAUCGUUCUCAAAUCAUUUAUCUUGCCUCGUUUCUGUUCACUUCAAGACUGUUUACCGUCCUUUUCUUACACUAUCAUAUUUCUCAUCGAAGAACCCCAUAUGCUAUUCUCGCGUCCAACAUCCCCCUUCACGACCUCCCAUCUCGAGCACCCUGGACGAAAGUUUCACGUUGUUUUUCUCUUUUGUAUUUUAGUUUUGGUUGC